CAGUUUCCCAGCUGUGAUAAAUCAGUGGUAUGUCCCCAUAACUCGAUUUGAUGGACAAGCUACACAAAAGUUACUGGUUACGUAAUAUUCACAAAUAUGUAAUUGUUUUCAGUCUUUAUCUCUAAAUUAACUUUACUCCAAAGCGAAUUCAACCACAGUUUAUUGGCCGCUGUUGCAAUGGAAAGUUUAGUCAAACCUCCGACCGAGGAUGAAUUGUUUAUAGAACUCAAAACUAGAAUAAAAGAACACGAGACUCUAAAUUGCUUCAGUGAUGCCAUAGACGACAAACUUUUGCUUGGUUUCCUUCGUGGAAAGAAGAAAAAUUUAGACAGCACGAUAUCUUGCUUGGAGAAAUAUAUAGACAUGAGAACUGUGAAGUACGCCACUUUCACCAGAACGUACAGACCAUCGACCAUCUCAGCCUUAAAUAUUGGGGUGCUUAGGCUCCUAAAAAAACUGGACAAUAACGGUCGCGUCGUCCUGGUUGUGACCUGCAACAAUUGGCAACCGUCUCAAACCCCACUGGAAGAACUGAUAGCUUCCUCACUAUUUAUAAUGGAUGAAGGAAUUCGGACCCACUUCUCCAUCGGGAACGAACUAGUCGUCAUCUUUGACUGUAAGGGGCUCGGGUUCGAUCAGGCGAGACGAUUGACGCCGAGCUACGUUAUAAUGGGGCUGGAUAUGUUUCUUAAAUGUUUGCCUAGUCGUCCUAAAGCAUUUCAUGUGGUGCAUGCCGGGUAUCUAAUGCAUGGCUUGUACCGGAUGGUGCAUCCCUUCCUGAAGAAGAAAUUACAGGACAGGGUUCAUGUGCACGCAAAGCUUACCCAACUUGCUGAUCAUGUUCCGGCGUCUAUUCUACCGACCAAACUGGGUGGGGAAAUGCUGGAGGACGACGCAUACGAUCCCCUAAUCAUGGAAAGGGUUAAAGGAAAUGAUGAAUAUUAUGAAGGACUGAGCAAACUUUCAGCGCCAGAUUAAUAUUUUCUGUCCGUAUUGUUCGAUGUCAAGUUAAAAGUACAAAUUUAUAUUUUUUCUAGGAGAAAUAAUAAAAUAAAUGAAUAAUAUUCAUUUACA